UUGACUAGAAUGAUUGUUUAUCUAUCCUUUUUGGGUAAAAUCUUUUUGUUUUAAUCUUCAGUUUUUAUUGCUCCAGCGACUUAAUUCUCAUUCCUAAAAAGCACAGCUCUCAACUUUUUUUCCAUUCAGAGUGUUGUUUCCACUAAUUACAUUAGUGGUUGUGCCCUCUGCAUGAGUUUGCGCUGUCUGUGCCAAGAACUGUGAGUGGGGGAGUGCAGGCAGUCAUUUUUUCCUGUGCUCCUCAGGGGUCUCCUUCUCUAGCUAUAUAAGGCUCUCCGAUCUGCACAGGAGUUGCACAGUCCCUGUGAGCCUGCAGAACACCGCCAGAAUUCAACAGCAGCAGCAGCAGCCCAGUGCUUCCAAAAGGAAAUUUAAAAAAAACAGUCUCUUCAGAAAAAAAACAAAAAGAAAACCUACUCUGAAAUCCUCACACAGCUGGACACUGACGGGAAAACAGAGGUUGUGUUUGGGAUCAUAAGGAGCUUUGACACAGAAAAAGAGCCAUCAUCUGUAGUUCUGAGUGUCACGAUGACCUUCUUUGCUGCUCCCGGGCUGCUCCUCCUCACCCUCCUGCUGCUCUGUGUCACAAACUCCUCUUCGCUCCUCAUGCCUGAUUCCAAAGAGCUAAGGGAGCUGCUGAGUCGCUAUGAGCAGGACACAAGCCAGAAAGGCGCCAGUGGUGCAGCAGCCAAUAGGAGCCGGCGAGCCAUUCUCUGGUCUGACCGUGAAGAGAUCCUGCAGCUCCACAACAAGCUGAGGGGCAACGUUUACCCUUCUGCAGCAGACAUGGAGCACAUGGUUUGGGAUGAUGAGUUGGAGCGCUCGGCCACUCAGUGGGCAGAGGAGUGCCAGUGGGACCAUGGACCUCGGGAUCUGCUCAAGUCUAUUGGACAAAACCUGGCAGUUCACUGGGGCAGAUACCGUUCACCUGCCUUCCAUGUUCAGGCCUGGUAUGAUGAAGUCAAAGAUUACACCUAUCCAUACCCUAGUGAGUGCAACCCCUGGUGUCCAGAGCGCUGCUCCGGGCCCAUGUGCACGCAUUAUACUCAGCUCGUCUGGGCCACCACUAACCGAGUGGGCUGUGCUGUGCAUGUGUGUCCAAGGAUGAACGUGUGGGGAGAAAUAUGGGAGAACGCUGUUUACCUUGUGUGCAAUUAUUCCCCAAAAGGAAACUGGAUUGGGGAGGCCCCAUACCGGCAUGGACGCCCCUGUUCCCAGUGCCCCCCCAGCUUUGGAGGAGGAUGUCGGAAUAAUUUGUGCUACAAAGACUCCCAUCACUCUGAAACUGCCGACAUGAACGAGGUGGAAAAGCCUCAAGUUCUGCUCCCUCCUCGCACCACCCCGAGACCAAAGGCUCCCAGGAAGUCUGGGUCCAAACGCCCCACUACAAAGCCUCACACAGCCAGAACUCCAGCUCCAAAUUCCUCCAGCAGAACUUUUCUUGCUCACAACAUCAAGUGUGAGACUAAACUGCGUGAUAAGUGCAGAGGAUCAACUUGCAACAGACACAAGUGUCCUGCUAACUGUCUGCACGCUAAAGGAAAAGUUUGGGGAACUGUCUCUUAUGAUGCUCAAUCAAGUAUUUGCCGUGCUGCUAUUCAUGCUGGCGUCAUUGACAACAAUGGAGGACUGGUCGACAUCACCAGGACAGAAAAGUCUCCGUUCUUUGUCAGAUCCACAAAAAACGGCAUUGAAUCGCUCAGUAAAUACAAACCUGCCAAUUCCUUUAUUGUGAGCAAAGUUGAAGUAUACACAGCUGACUGCUACACCACUGUGGCUGAAAUCUGCCCUUUCAAAAGACCGUCCUCACACUGUCCAAGAGUUUUCUGUCCAGCAAACUGCAAGACUCAGCCUUCUUACUGGUCUCCUGUUAUUGGAAGCAACAUUUAUGCAGAUAACUCCAGUAUUUGUAAAGCAGCCAUCCAUGCAGGGGUGAUCAAAGCGUCUGGUGGUUUGGUGGAUGUUCUGCCUCUAGAAAGGAGAAAGAGCUACAGCGGGGUUCUGAGGAACGCCAUCCAGUCUGAAAGCAAAAGCAACACAGAAGGAGACUCGUUCCGACUCUUUGCUGUGAGGGUGGGAUUCCUCUGAAACCUGCGGGCAGGAAGCGGUCGGAUGCCGUGACUUUCAUACUUCUGUGGCUUCAGAGAACGCCAGAAGGAUCGCUCAGACUCUUUGCUCGCUAGUUUGACACUUUGGUCCAACAACAGUUCUGCAUUUUUUUUCCCCCUUCAUUGUCGCUCAUCUUUCUGCAGAUUUUAAUGAUAUAAAAGUUUAUAAAAAACAUAUCUAUACAAUAUAAGGAAUUGAACAGCUGGUGCUGUAAAUGAGAUAGGAUCCAUCUGUUUACACUGAUAUUCUUCUGUUAUUAUGUGGUUUACAUACAUGCGAAUGUAUACUUAUUACACUGUAUUUAAUCACAAUGUACAGAACAUUUAUAUUUGAAAAGGAGUUAUAAGAUAUUAACAUGUUUGUUUUGUUCACAGUUGUCCCAAACUUUCUUUUUUCUUCUCACCUGGUUCAAAUUUACCCUCUCGAUUUUUUAUAAACUGUGAAGCCACUUUUAAUGGCUGAUAAACAUUUUUCUCAUGAGAAAAGAGGUUUCCUGGGUGGUUAGUCAGAAGUGUUCAUUGAGGGUUUGGAGGCAGCAUGAGGAGAAAAAGCAUUUCUCUGAGGUGAAUAGCAGAGUUAAGUAAGUGUUGAUGGUGAUGAGGUCUUAAAAAAAUAGCAGCUUUCCAGCAGCUGCUCUCAAGGUUAAAGAACUAAAAUCCAUUUCUUAAAAUGUAUUUUCCUUUCUUUGGUUUUCCCCUUUGACUUGUUUUCCUUUGCUCUUUGUCUAUAGAAGAAAAAACAACAACAUUGCCGCACCUCCUGUCUUAGACUGUUGAAUGUGUUGCCUUUUUUUUCCCCAAAAAAGUUUUUUUUAUAUUUGAGCUUAAAUAUCUCUUAAAUGAGUGUUGUUAAACUCAUGCACUUUGGAACUAAUAUGAGCAUUUCUCUGCACAGCUUUAGACACAAUAUCCUCUGUUGUCUGGAUUUGUAAGCAAUCUAUCACUGUUGUGUCAAAUAAACUAGACUUUUUGGCGAGUUUGAUAAGAGAUAAAAUUAUUUUUGUUUUCUGAGAUGAUCUUUACAGGUCAGAAUACAAGGAUAUUUUGAGUUUUGUUUCAUUUUCUAAACUAAAAGGACAUUUAAAAAACUCAAAGAAAUUCUAUCACACUUCAAUAAUUCUUUUUUCUACCUCAGUUUUGUCCCUAAGUUUAGCAUAAAGGUCCUUUUCUGUUGUUUGUUCUGUUUUUAUUGGAAAAGCUAAAAUAAAUGUUCAUUUUGAUAAUGUACAUACAUUUUUGUUGUUUUUAAAUGAUCCCUAAGUAAUAAUGAUGUGAACAUGUGAAUUUGCUUCAUUUGUCUUUGUUGUUUGUUUUAUUUCUUUUUUUAAAGUCAGAUAUAGGACGUGUAUAUACUUGUUUGCACUACUUGGAAAUAAAGUAUUUAAUGUACA